AUGACAGCCCUGUGGGUGGUGCUGGAGGAGAGUCCCAGCCUGGAGAUUGUUCACAGAUGGGCAGAUUCCCUGGAGGACGGGUCGUCUGUGAGAACGGAAAGAGACACUGUCGGGGACGUGCUCCACACAGAGGCCAACAGUGCGCAGCGCUGGUCCAUGCACCUGCCUGCGGAGGUGAGUGCGGCGGCGGGCGGGGAGGUCGAGCUGCCCUGCACCUUCUCGCACCCGCACGGACGCUAUGACGGGCCUCUGACGGCCACCUGGCGCUCGGGCCGGGCCUUCGCGGGCCCGCAGGUGUUCCGGUGCGUGGUGGCGCGGGGCAGUGAGCUGUGCCGCCGGGAGCUCAGCCUGCAGGGCCGCUUCCACCUGCGCGGCGACCCCCGCCGCAACGACCUGUCGCUGCGCAUCGAACGCCUCAGCCUGGCCGACCAAGGCCGCUACUUCUGCCGCGUGGACUUGGCGGGCGCCACGGAUGCCUACGAGAGCCCCCGGGGCGUGUGGCUGCGGGUGACCGCCGCCCCGCACAUCGUGGGCGUCUGGGUGCUGCCCGGGCCUGCGGGCACCUUCCGCGCGCUCUGCACCGCUGAGGGGGAGCCGCCGCCAGUGCUCACCUGGUCCGGCCCGGGGUUCGACAACAGCAGCGACUCGGCUCCUGCAAGCUCGGCCAUGCAGCGCGGCUCCCGGGUGACAGCCGAGCUGCCUGCGCUGCCCCGGGACGGCCGCUACACCUGCUCUGCGUCCAGCCCCGGGGGCCACGCGGAGGCCAGCGUGUACCUGCUGCACCUGCGGGGGGGGGCUGCGCCCGGGCUCCUGUUGGGCGCGCUCGGCCUUAAGGCGCUGCUGCUGCUACUGCUGCUGGGUGUGCGGGCCGCGCGGGGAGCCGGAAGGCGCGCAGGUUUAGCUGCUGCCCAUCCCCCAAUCUUCAUUUAG